UGGCGGCUCAGUCCGCAACUUAAAUUGAAUAAACCUUUAAAGUGAACUCUGAUCAGUGAACUCUGAUCUGCGAUCUCGAAUCUAAGAUAUAUAUUCAGCUAUAAUGCACACGUUGUUCAGUGAUCAGAACUCGUUCUCGCGGCAUUAUGCACAAACCGCCGCCGGUUAUACAUCCGCAUCGGCGGUGGCAGCCGCCAGCAGCGCCUCGGCGGCGGCAGCGGCACAUUACGCAUACGACCAGUAUUCGAGGUAUCCGUAUUCGGCGAGUGCCUACGGAUUGGGUGCACCGCAUCAGAACAAGGAGAUUGUGAAGCCGCCGUACUCGUAUAUUGCACUCAUCGCAAUGGCCAUACAGAAUGCAUCCGAUAAGAAGGUCACUCUCAAUGGCAUCUAUCAGUAUAUUAUGGAGAGAUUCCCGUACUAUCGGGAUAAUAAGCAGGGCUGGCAGAACUCGAUACGUCACAAUCUGAGUCUCAAUGAGUGCUUCGUCAAGGUGGCCAGGGAUGACAAGAAGCCCGGCAAGGGUUCCUACUGGACACUGGAUCCGGACUCGUACAACAUGUUCGAUAAUGGUUCGUUUCUGCGGCGACGACGACGCUUCAAGAAGAAGGACGUGAUGCGGGAGAAGGAGGAGGCGAUCAAGCGUCAGGCCAUGAUGAACGAGAAGCUGGCCGAGAUGAAGCCGCUCAAGCUGAUGACCAAUGGCAUUCUGGAGGCCAAGCACAUGGCGCACUUCAAGAAGGAGCCACUAAUGGAUCUGGGCUGUCUCAGCGGCAAGGAUGUCUCCCAUGCGGCGAUGCUCAACUCCUGUCACGACAGUCUGGCGCAAAUGAAUCAUUUGACGGGUGGCGUGGAGCAUGCGGGAUUCACUGUGGAUUCCCUCAUGAAUGUCUACAAUCCGCGCAUUCAUCACAGCGCCUAUCCGUAUCAUUUGAACGAUGACAAUCUGACGGUGGCCAGCAGUCAGAUGCAUCAUGCCCAUGCCCAUCAUGCCGCCGCCGCCCAUCAUGCCCAGCAGCUGCGUCAUGUCGCCCACGUCUCGCAUCCGUCGCAUUCGUCGCAUCCGCUGACGCCCGGCAAUGGCAGCGGUGUCCAAUCCUCGGGCGCCUCACCCACCACGAUCUCAACGCCCCAUGGACCCGCCCACGGGGGCUGGUACACCCCCGAGACGCCGCCCUCCGAGCCCAUCACAAAUGGAGGCGGCGCAUCCGGUCAAAGCGGCACGCCUACGCAUACCAGCAACAACAACAACAACAGCAUGCACAACAACAACAACAACAACAAUAAUAAUAAUAACAAUAAUAAUAAUAACAAUAAUAAUAAUGCUGCCAUCUCCGCCUCGGUUCUGAGCAGCAGUCCCAGCUCCGCUUUGGGUUUCCGCGACAUGAUCUUCGAGCAGAAUCAAUCCUGUCAACUGGACACGGGCAGUCCGACGGGCAGCAUUCAAUCCGCCAGUCCGCCGGCCUCUGCCAGCGUCGCAGCCGCGUCCGCCGCAGCAGCAGCGGCGGUGAUCAACAGUCAUCAUCAUCAUCAUCAUCAUGUAUCGCAUCUCAGCGGGAAUCUGGGCCAACUUGGCCAGCUGAGCAAUCUCAGUCAUUAUCGGCCGCAUGUUGGCCAUUAUCAGGAAUAUGGCAUUAAGUAUGGCGUCUAAAUGGGCGUCUAAAUGGGCGUGUGGGCGUGGCAGCUGUGCUCUCUUGUAUAUUCGUGUAAAUAUAUUUUCAAGCAUGACUCACAGCAACAACAAAGCAGCAGAAAAGUAUCUCAAUGUCAACGAAUUUAUUAUUGUUUUUUAUUUUUUGUUUUUUGUCUUCUAAAAAACCACACAAAAAUGAUGGCGUAUUUAGUUGUUAAUUUUAUUUGAUACAUCUAAUAAAUAGCAUAUAUAUAUAUACAUAAAUGUAACUACAAUUAACUACUUAUUAAUAAUUGUUAUCACUUUAGGACGUAGUUAUGUCUGGUAUGCAAUUUGUGAUGAGUUUUUGCUACGCGAACAGUUUUCAUUUAAUCGUAGCCACUUUUUCAACAGAAACUAAACAAA